AUGAAUUCUUAUUCUACUAAUAGUAUACAAAAUAUACCUUCAAAUUAUUCUGAUCAAUUUUAUAACUAUUCAUCAAUGGAAAUGAAUCCUAAAACAGUUGAAUAUCAAGUUCCAGUUCCUGACUAUACAUCUAAUAUACCAAAUGCAAGUUUUUCUUUUUCAGGUUAUCCUGUCUAUGGUGGUACCCCUUUGUCUAAUUUUUCAACACCCUCUAGUAGUAAUAGUACACUAAAUUCAUCUGCUUCAUCAGAUGAUAUGUGUAAUGAAUAUAUGAAGUACAUAAACUCUUGUUAUAAUUAUCAAAAUUUUAGUCCCCAUAAUUAUAGUAGUCCACUUUUAAGUAAUUCUAAUAAUCCUAUAGUUUUACCAUCUAGUAUGUCUACACCACCUUCGUUAGACAAUAACACAUCUUUAGAAUUCAAUUCAUUUAAUGAAAAUAAUGAAAACUAUCAAUCAAAUGUUGGAUAUAUGCCAAAACAAUAUAUAAAAAAGUCACACACUACACCAACUACUAAUAAUUAUAGAAAAAAAAACCAAAUACAACAACAAAUAGAUUCUGGUGUUUAUAAUAAAUGUGAAAAAAUUCCGUCAUACUUUGAAGCUUGUCAAUAUGUAAUAAAACACAUUGAUUCUAUUGUAAUUAAUUUUACAAUGAGAAUUUUAAUGAAUCCAGACAAUUUCUCAAUAUGCCAUUGGACAAAAUAUUGUUGGGAGUUUGUUAUUACAGAUCCAGAUUCAUUUGUAUCAUGUUUUUGUGAAGAAUUUAAUUUAGACAAAAAUCUUAUUACAAUUGCUCAUGUCUCAAAAGUUUAUAAAAUUAUAGGAAGUAGUACAGUUUAUGGGCAACCAAUUAUUGAAAGAGUAAAAUGUCGUAGAAAUGCUUUUAGAUUAUUUCCAAAACAUCAAAAUUUUACUUAUCCGAGAUUAAAAGAUUUAGGUAGUAAUUCCUUAUCAACAACAUUUUUGAAAGAUGAAGAAAAAAAAGCUUUAGGAAAAUUAAGAAAAAUUAAGACUAAUGUUCCAAUUUUUAGUAGAAAAAGAAAAGGUUCCGGUAAAAAUGAAGAUGAUAAUAAUGAAUCAUGCAUUGAAUCUCCAAAACAAAAAAGACUUGAUAGUUAUUUGUGUUCAUUCUACUAG